CUGUUUAAACUGUGGUGACAUACAUUAUGUAAACAGAAGAAUCAGUUGUGUUUGGUUGGUUUUAAUUUGAACAGCACAAACACGAGCAGUAUCUGAUGCUAAAAUUAUUCUUGAGAUCAACAUGUUGUGUUGUUUACUGACUGACUUCACACAGAACAGCAUCUCAUCAUCACCAGAUAAGCCUGUACCUUUCAAUCUGUUCCAACAGCACAGUACAUAUAAACGUUAAAGUGGAAAUUUACUUGAAACUUAAUGUUAACCUGGAGCUUAAGGCAAUAAUUGUUCAAGAAAUCAUGAGGGAAAAGAAACUGUCGAGAUGGUACUUUGGAGGCUUAGCAUCAGCAGGGGCUGCCUGUUGCACCCAUCCGCUUGAUUUGCUGAAGGUGCACCUGCAAACACAGCAAGAUGGAAAGCUGUCGAUAUUAAAACUAACAUUCAAAAUUGUUAAAGAAGAAGGAGUGUUCGCCCUCUACAAUGGGCUGUCAGCGUCAUUGUUACGUCAACUAACAUAUUCCACAACAAGAUUUGGAAUCUAUGAAGUUGCUAAGCAGGCAGUGUCUCCAGACGGUGAAAGUGUCCCAUUUUACCAACGUGUUGGACUGGCAUCACUUGCUGGGGCAGCUGGUGGUUUGGUGGGAACCCCUGCUGAUAUGGUUAAUGUUAGGAUGCAGAAUGAUAUCAAACUGUCUGCAGAGUCCAGAAGAAAUUACAAACAUGCAUUUGAUGGUCUGAUACGUGUUUAUCGAGAAGAAGGAACACGGCGCCUCUUUUCGGGAGCAUCCACAGCUACAGGUCGUGCUGUGCUCAUGACAGUUGGGCAGUUAUCUUUCUAUGACCAAGUGAAGAUGCUCCUACUAAGAGCUGGCUUCUCUGACGAUCUUGUUACUCAUUUUCUCUCUAGUCUCACAGCAGGAGCUGUAGCCACUACAUUAACACAGCCACUAGAUGUUCUGAAGACACGAGCAAUGAAUGCAAAACCUGGUGAAUUUUCUGGUAUGUGGCAUCUAAUUAAGUACACUGCAAAACUUGGACCUCUUGGAUUCUUUAAGGGUUACAUCCCAGCUUUUAUACGUCUGGGACCUCAUACAAUCCUCACAUUUGUAUUUUUGGAACAACUACGGAAGAAUUUUGGUAUAGCUGUGUCAUCCUAGGAUGGUAAGAGUGGGAGCAAGGGUGUCAUAUAUAGACACGUACAAAUUUAAUUGUUAUUAAAUGUCAAGCAGCAAUAUGUGUUUCACAGAUAUAUUUAUAUUUAAGGUGACAGUGUUCCAAUGGUGCUAUAAAGUUCGUAUAUAAAACUAAAGCCUGUCAUAAGCCAGUGCUAUGUGUAAUAAAUCUACUCUGUGUAAUCUUGCUAAGUGUCCUUGUCCACUGGAAUAUAGAAUUUAUUGUCUUUGUUGUGGAAAAAUUGUCAGUCUUUUGGUGAAAUUGCUUAGAACAGUGUUUCUCAACUGCCAUGCCCUGGCAGCAAUUAUACCAGGCCCUUGUCUUAUAAAAAUAGAAUUUAUUGGGCAAUGGUCUCACAAAGGUUGAGAACCACUGGCUUAGAAAACUUGUCUAUCAUGGCCACUGACAGUAUAUGAAGUCCUGAAACCCUGUAUUCUAACACUGUGAAGUAUAUCUAUUCAAAAAGUAGUACCUCCACUCUGUGUACACUGUUUUCUGUGCUAAUUGUAUAUUAAUGUUGUGUUAGAUUGAAUUUAAUAGAACAUAACAAACAUCUCUGUCAUCAGUCUUUGCUAAUUAAAUGAAUAAUAUGAGACUUCUUAUUAGUGGUGUUUGGUGUACUGAUUGUUUAAUUGCUUGACUCUUGUUUAUGUAACUUCUUCCUCAUCUGCAUGGUCUGUAAUAAUGUUGAGUGGUAGGAUGGGUGAAUGAAGUCUUUGGAUGGUUGUGGAAAGAAGCGGCCAUGGGCUAUGGCAUUUCUUUGGAGGCACCAACAGAUAACCAUGAAAAAAAUACUAAGCCAGGUAGCUGUAUCCAGGACUACCAAAAAAUUAAACACGAGUAUUAAUCGCUUUACCACAAUAUUCUGUUUUUAGUGUGUGAGAACACAAAUAUGAGCGCUGAAGGCAAUUGACUUGAAUUGGUAUUGUUUAUAAAUGUGUAAUGAUUAGGUUAGUAGUAAGGUGGUAACAUAAAAUCUGAAGUAAGACUUUGCUGAGGAACAGAUAGUGAUUAAUGUAGGAUAAAUCCAUUUCCCAUUUUUUUGCCCACUAAUUUAUUGUGUAGGAAUUGAUAAUACUGCUCUGUGGAGUCUUGACUUUGGCACUAGAUGAGAGUGAAUGAUGAACUUCAUGCUUCAGCUGUUAUACCCAUGGGAAAAGAGCCCCUCCUUCCAAUUGGAUAUGAUGUUAGUGUGUACAAUGUCAAAGAGAAAAAUCUCACCCUCUACCUUUUUAUAUCACUGGUUGUCCGUCCCCUAAUCUAGUCACUGUGAUUGAGUUACAUUGCCACACUUCUCUUAUCCUCGUGUUUUAAAUUUCUCUUUCUCCUUAGUUUCACAUCUGCGACUCUACAAUUAUACUAACCUCUCUCCAAUAGACAUAUUGCUUCUGGUGCAUAAUACAAUGACAGAGAAGAUUCUAUUCCAUAGCACUGUCUGCUUAUGACUCAUUUUGUUCAAAGCCUAUAUUAGUAAUAAUUAUUAAACUGCUAUGUUAUAUAUGUAGGUGAAUGUUUGGAAGGAAAAUAUGUUUGUCAUAGUGAGGAGCAGAAGUUACAAAUACAGUAAAAGUUGCAGUGUCUGGCAGCUCCAGGACCAGAGGGUUGCUGGAUAUUGUAAUUUUCCAGGAAAAAAAAAAAGCCUCGUUGAACGGCUGCUGU